AUGGCAGACACCGGGGCUAAACGUGAAGCUGACGGUGCUGGGACUGAUGAAUUAUCUCAGAGAGUCAAGAGGGCGAAAGCUGACAGUGAGAAUGGAGGAGAAGCUGGAAAUGAACCUGAAUCUGAGAAUAUUCUGUCUGCGUUUAAAACAUCCAGCGUCCUGAGUGAUUCUGCGCGGGAAAAAAACAUCUUCAUCCAUGGAAAGCUGGCAGAUCAAGAGGCUGUGGUGAUCCUGGAGAAGACGCCCAUCAGAGAGGACGCCCUGGCUGAGCUCUUCAGCGGCUCCAGGCUGCAGCUGGAGAUGAGAAACGACAUCUACAGCACGUAUCGGUUACAGCCUCCCCCUCAACUCAGUGAGAUCAAGACCACAGUCGUGUGUCCAGCAACCGAGAAACACGUAAAGAAAUACCAGCGUCAGGAGAGUUUCCUGGUGGAGGAGACGGAGGAGGACUAUCAGUCCAUCACUCUGCCCUACAUCCAGAAACAGAGCUUCAGUGUGCAGUGGGUUUACAACAUCCUGGAGAAGAAGGCAGAGGCUGACAGGAUAGUUUAUGAAGAUCCAGACCCAGAUGUUGGAUUUGUCCUCCUCCCAGAUUUCAAAUGGGACCAGAAACAGGUGGAUGAUUUGUACCUGAUUGCUAUUUCACAUCAGAGAGGCAUCAAAAGUCUGCGAGACCUAACGUCAGAGCAUCUGCCUCUGCUGCAGAACAUCUUCCACAAAGGAAAGGAGGCCAUCCUGCAGCGCUACAAGCUUCCAGCCAGUAAGCUGAGAGUCUACCUGCACUACCAGCCGUCCUACUACCACCUCCACGUCCACUUCACCAAGCUGGGCUACGAGGCGCCGGGCUGCGGCGUGGAGCGGGCCCACCUCCUAGCAGACAUUAUCCAAAACCUCCGGUCGGACCCCUGCUACUACAAAACCAGGACCCUGUACUUCCCCCUGAGGGCAGAUGACGGACUGCUUGGCAAGUUCAAGGAGGCGGGGCGGCUGUAACGUACCGUCUCAUGUAGAUUCCAAAACUGUUUCUUAGUGUCAGACCACGUCCAAUCAUCUUUUUUGUGUGUGUGUGUGUUUUUUUUAUAGGUUUGGUUAACAAACAUCUGUUUUCCCCAUUAACAGGACCAAGCUAGCCAUUUAGCUCUAUCAGUACAGGGUUCCCAUGGUCAUGGAAAAACCUGGAAAUGUUGUGGAAUUACACAAUCCUGUUUCUCCACUUCAGACGCCUUUCAAAAGCUCUUCAUCCUUUUAAAUCCGAGCAAAAUUGGUUUAAUUUAUUUCAAAAACAUGGGGGAAAAGGAAAAUGGUCAACUGGGAAAAAAAUGUCCCACAAAUCGCAAGAUGUAAUUAAACAGUGACAAGAAAGUUACCUUAAAAUCAGUUUAAAAAAAGGGGGGCUGAUUAUUAGAGAAUUUUUCCAAGAAAUAGGAAAAUUUGUCCUGAAAGUCAUAUUUAUAAUUCUAAUGAUUUUGUAUGUAAAAUUAUUUUAUAGUGAAAAUAAAUAAAAAUAUAAAAUAAAUAAAUUUUUCAGCAUUUUA